AUGCGCUUCUCUUCCGCCGCCGGCCUCAUGGCCCUCGCUACGUCGACCGUAGCCCACCCCAACUCCGCCAAAUCCGACCUGGAUGGCUCCGUUUGGAAAGCUCUCACACCCGUCAAAGCCCGCUCCUGGACCUCUAUCCCCCGGAACCGUCCGACCAAGCGCCAGUCAGGCUGGAACCCGCCCUCCGACCUCGCCACCCCUCUCAAGGAAGUUUGGGAUCACGAAGUCAAAACCUACAGCGACGCCCUCGGUUUCAAGAACUACGGCUGGGACCAAGUCAUCGCUGGAAAGGGCCAGCUCAACGUCUGUGUUCGCUGGGAGUCUAGCGCUUCUGUGACUGCUGAGCAGCGUACAAAGGUUGCUAGUGCUCUUCAGGACUCUUAUAGUGCUUGGAUGAAGUGGGUUUCAGGAUAUGAUAACUUUCCUUACGAGGAUGUCAAGAUCAAUGUUGUUGGAUGGGCUGUCAAGAACAAGAGUCUUCUCCAGGGUUCUACUGAAGGUCUUGAUAUCUACACUGACACUGACGCCGAGGGCAUUCCCCAGUGUUCUGAGAAGUGCGGUCGUUUCUUCCACCAGGACGGUGACUACAGCAGCUGCCCCGGAGGUGCUGAGCGACACUACGAUAACUCCCUCUGGCUGACCGAUGGCAUGCAGGGUGGAGCCGGUGGUGACUGGGGUCAGCGCAUUGGUCGAGAGUACUUCAUGGAUCUCCUUGGUCAAAAGGACAUUCACAUUCUUGAGCAUGAGAUCGGUCAUACCUUUGCCCUUGACGAUUUCUACGACUGGACUCCCACCGGCCAGACAAGCUUCAUCAUGCUUGCUGGUUCAGCAACUCAUGUCACUGACUUUGAUGGCUGGAUGUUGAGGAACUGGUGGUACGAGCUUUCUCGUAAGCGUGGCUGGCAAUCUACUGCCUCUAGCUCUGCCUCCAAGGGUGCUUCAACUGAGAAGGCUGUUAGCACCAAGACUGCUGCUUCCAAGCCAACCAGCACCACUGUCAAGCAGGCUGCUACCCAAACUGCGGCCAAGCCUGCCAAGGGCAACGGCUCAAGCGUCACUGCAGCUGCUUACGCUCAGUGCGGUGGUGGUGCUAGCUACACUGGUCCUACCAAGUGCGCCUCUGGCCUGAAGUGUACUAAGCACAGUGAGUGGUACUCUCAGUGCCUUUAA